AAGCGACCAUCACCAUUGUUGUCAUUUCUGUUUUCUUGAUCGUUUCCUGUUCUCGUCUUCACUUCAGCUUCACCUGAAUAGUGAACUCCCUAUGCCUGCCUGACCCAGUCCGCACGACGUCACCGAUCUGCCGGGCCGCCGCGGAGCCUUUGCCGCUUGAGCGACGCGCGUCGCUACGUCCCCUGCCUUCCACCCCGCAGCCCACCUGAUCCUGCGCUUGCUGGUCCGCGUUGCUGUGGCCCGUUCUGUAACUACCGACGCUCGGCGUACACUAUGGAGUUGUUCGUAACAAUUUUAACCGGGGCGGCUGCGGUCGCUGUGGCGCUGCUGCUGCUCGCUCUACUCGUCUACUACAUAAGGAGAUGCUGUCGCCCCCGGCAACAUGAUGUUGAAGCAAAUCAACAUCCACUUGCCGACCUGAAUAGAACUGAGCCGGCGCCGAGGCUGCCCGCCGCUGCUAGCCACCUGGUCCGCGUCCACGUCCACCAGCCGCACUCGCCGCAGAGGCACCGGCGCGGCGCCCACCCGGCGGCGCCGGCCGUUCGCAAGACCGCCGCCGGCGUGCCACCGACCAUCGACCUCCACGGCAUGUCCGUCAAGACGGCCCUGGCGACCCUCGACACGUUCCUGCGCCGCGAGGCGAGGGACCGGCCGCGCGCGGGCCACGUCUGCGUCAUCACCGGCAGGGGCCUCCACAGCGCGGGCGGCGUGGCCAAGAUAAGGCCGGCCGUCGUCAGGGAACUGGAAGCGAGGGGCUUGCGGUUCCGUUCGCCUCCUGGAAACACUGGACGAAUCAAUGUGUACUUGUGAAUAACGUGAAUUUUCUUAUUUUUUGGGUGUCGGUUUGUUGAUUUUCCUUUCUUGAUUGAAAUUGUUUUUCGUUGAUAAACAUAUACAAGACAUUUCAUUAAUUAUUAAAUUGGUUUACAAAUUCUACGAA